AUGGCUAUGGCUAUGGACUUCGAUUACUUUCUUGAUCUUCAAUUCUGCUCCACCACCACCACCACCACAACUACUGCUACGCCCACCACUUCUGGCGACAAUCAGGGCUGUAACUGGAAUGAUUGGUCCCCGGUUGUCGAUUGGCAGGCUUUAUCCGGUGGCCAUGAUGAUUUUCAUGACCUCAUUGAUUCCAUGAUGGAUGAUUCUGGAUUGAACCCUUCUCGAGUUGACAAUGAGACUAGUAACUCUGUGUCCAUUGAUACCACCAUGGCUUUGGAUGAAGAAUCUAACGGUGAGGAUUUCAAGGGCUUGAGGUUGGUUCAUCUUUUGAUUGCUGCAGCCGAGGCUUUAACCGGCGCUAACAAGAGUCGUGAACUGACUCGAGUGAUAUUGGUUCGGCUCAGGGAGUUGGUGUCCCCUAACGACGGCACCAACAUGGAAAGAUUGGCCGCGUAUUUUACUGACGCCUUGCAAGGUCUCCUUGAAGGCGCUGGCGGUGCACAUAGCAAAUAUCUGAUAACAAACGGGCCGUACCACCAUCACCAACGUGACGAGCAUCAUCAAAACGACGUCCUUGCUGCGUUUGAGCUGUUGCAAGACAUGUCACCUCAUGUAAAGUUCGGUCAUUUCACCGCCAAUCAAGCGAUUCUUGAAGCCGUAGCCAAUGAUAGGAGAGUCCACAUAGUUGACUACGAUAUAAUGGAAGGGAUCCAAUGGGCUUCCUUGAUGCAGGCUUUAGUUUCUAGAAAGGAUGGCCCACCCACCCCACAUCUUCGGAUCACCGCCUUAUCAAGAGGCGGAAGUGGGCGUCGAUCGAUUGGGACCAUUCAAGAAACGGGUCGUCGUUUAAUUGCAUUUGCAGCUUCGAUUGGUCAACCUUUUUCUUUCCAUCAAUGUAGAUUGGAUUCUGAUGAGACAUUCAGACCAUCAGUUUUGAAAUUGGUCAGAGGAGAGGCAUUGAUUAUCAAUUGCAUGCUACAUCUCCCUCACUUCAGUUACCGGGCACCCGAUUCGAUUUCCUCUUUUCUAUCCGGAGCCAAGACCCUAAACCCUAGACUAGUAACUCUAGUGGAAGAAGAGACAGGACCCAAUGUAGAUGAAGGGUUUGUUGGACGUUUUAUGGACUCAUUGCAUCAUUAUUCAGCAGUUUAUGAUUCAUUAGAGGCAGGGUUUCCGAUGCAGAGCCGAGCUCGAGCCUUAGUAGAAAGAGUGUUUUUAGGCCCCCGAAUAUCCGGGUCAUUGGCUCGGAUCUUCCAGACCCAUGGAGGAGGGAAGAGUUGCUCUUGGGGUGAGUGGAUGACUGGGGUGGGGUUUAAGGGUGUUAAUAUAAGUUAUGCCAAUAAUUGCCAGGCAAAACUAUUGUUGGGUCUAUUCAAUGAUGGGUACCGGGUGGAGGAAUUGGGCAAUAAUAGGUUGGUUUUGGGAUGGAAAUGUAGGCGUUUGCUUUCAGCUUCUGUGUGGACCUCUUAAUCCUUAUAUUCGGAUUUGUAAAAUAUUUUUGCUUGUCUGUUUGGUUAGUCUCGGUAA